AUGGCGGUGGACGGCCCGUCACAAGCGAAUGGAGGAGUACCUCUAAAUUCUAAUUCAUCGAUGUUUGCUAGUUCCUUCAAGACUUGCAUCUCAAUCUCAGUAGCCAAUGAUGGCACAAAGAAUGCCUACAGCACGAAAAAACCCAUGGACUUCAUGUGCCACUUUAAAGGUUCCAUUCAUGGCUUUGUCCUGUGCCUUAUAAGGCUUAAAGAGCCUCUGUCAACACUCUGUCAGUCCAUCCGGAAGUGGAUGAACCGGCGACUGAACACACAGGAUGGAAAUACACUUCAGCUCUACUGCCUAUGUGUAUCCUUUGCUGCCUCCUUAGCUACUGACAGUGGAUUUCCAGGAAUUAAUCACGAUUAUGUCUUCAUUACACCAGUGGAAGUGGACUCCAAUGGAGCCUACAUCUCACAUGAUAUCUUGCACAGUAGUAGGAAGAAGAGAUCUAUGCAAAGUUCAAAGACUUCCUUGCACUACAGAUUUUCAGCAUUUGGACAGGAACUACACUUGGAGCUCCAGCCCUCUCCGCUGCUGUCAAGUCAGUUCACUGUGAAUAUUUUAGGUCAAGAUGGAUCCUUAACAGAUGUGGAACAGACUGCGGAGCCAUGUUUCUAUCAGGGAUUUAUCAGGAACUAUGAGAACUCCUCAGUGGCCUUAUCUACAUGUGUGGGCAUGUCAGGUUUCUUAAGGACACGUUCAAGUGAGUAUUUUAUAUCACCGAUACCGAAGCAUCUUGCUGAAACGCACAACUUUACCUCUCCUGAAGGACACCACCCCCAUGUACUGUAUAAACGAUCAGCAGAAAGUAAAGUAAAACUACACUCAGGAAAACCAUAUGACAGCUCUACCAACCAAUCACAUGGAAACGUGCAAAAGCAACAUUUCUGUGGAAGACGUAAAAAGUAUAUGAAUAGAAACAACACCAAAUUAAAGGCAGAUGAGUACGUCCAUCUGUCACGAUCUAAGCGCUCGGCAGCAAAAUCUCAGCACAGUGGGAGUUUGGUUGUUGAAACCCUUGUAGUUGCGGAUAAAAAAAUGGUGGAGAAGCAUGGCAAGGAAGGAGUGACCACCUACAUACUGACAGUGAUGAACAUGGUAUCUAGUCUAUUUAAGGAUGGGACCAUUGGAAGUGAUAUUAAUAUUGUUGUUGUGAGUCUUCUACUUUUGGAAGAGGAACCAGCUGGGCUUAAGAUCACUCACCACGCCGAUCAGACCUUAAAUAAUUUUUGUCAGUGGCAAUCUGCUCUUAUGGGAAAGAAUGGGAAAAGACAUGAUCACGCCAUUUUGUUGACAGGACUGGAUAUCUGUUCUUGGAAAAACGAACCUUGUGAUACUUUAGGUUUUGCACCGAUUAACGGCAUGUGCAGCAAAUAUCGCAGCUGUACCAUUAAUGAAGACACUGGUUUAGGUCUGGCAUUUACUAUUGCUCAUGAGUCUGGUCACAACUUUGGAAUGGUUCAUGAUGGAGAAGGGAACCCUUGCAGAAAGACCGAGGGCAACAUCAUGUCCCCCACUUUAUCUGGAAACAAUGGUGUGUUUUCCUGGUCCGCCUGCAGUAGACAGUAUCUGAAGGAGUUCCUCAGCACAGCUCAAUCCUCCUGCCUUGUUGACGAGCCAAAGCAAUUAGGACAUUUCCAGUACCCUGAGAAGCUGCCCGGGCAGAUCUAUGAUGCUGACACUCAAUGUAAAUGGCAAUUUGGACCAAAAGCAAAGCAGUGUAGCCUGAGCUUUGUAAAGGAUAUAUGCAAGUCCCUGUGGUGCCACAAAUAUGGGCACAGGUGUGAGACGAAGUUCAUGCCAGCUGCAGAGGGAACCGUCUGUGGUCUAAAUAUGUGGUGCCGAAGAGGACAAUGUGUGAGAUUUGGAGACAAUGGGCCAAGACCAGUCAAUGGAGGAUGGUCAGACUGGUCGGAUUGGUCCCAGUGUUCCAGAGACUGUGGUGCUGGAGUGAAGUAUCAGGAGAGGUUCUGCAAUAACCCAGUGCCUCAGCAUGGAGGGAAAUACUGCCAGGGCUCAAGCCGUAUUUAUCAGAUAUGUAACACCCAAGCUUGUCCUCCUAACACUCCUGACUUCCGAGCACAGCAGUGUGCUGAAUUCAACAGCAAGCCAUUCAGAGGGUGGUACUACAAAUGGAAGCCCUACACAAAGGUGGAAGAGGAGAAUAUCUGUAAGCUGUACUGUACUGCUGAAGAUUUUGACUUCUUCUUUGCCUUAUCCAACAAAGUAAGAGAUGGAACACCUUGCUCUUCCAAUGGACUCGACAUUUGUAUUGACGGCAGUUGCGAGCUUGUAGGGUGUGAUUAUGUCCUUGGAUCAAAAGCAAAUUUCGAUGCCUGCGGGGUCUGUAAAGGUGAUAAUUCAACAUGCAAGUUCUACAGAGGACAGUAUCUGAACCAUCACAAAACUAACGACUACUAUUCUGUAGUCACUGUUCCAGCGGGUGCUAGAAGCAUCCAUUUCCGAGAGCUCCAGUAUUCCACCAGUUACCUCGCUGUGAGAAACCUCAAUAGAAAGUACUAUUUAACAGGAGAAUGGACCAUUGACUGGCCUGGAAAGUUCUCAUUCGCUGGGACCACUUUUAAUUAUCAAAGAUCAGCACAGCAACCAGAAAGUCUUUAUGCAGCUGGACCAACCAACGAAACUCUGGUUUUAGAAGUUCUUUAUCAAGGAAAGAAUGGGGGAUUUGCUUGGGAGUAUACAUUACCCUUAUCUACAAAUGAAGAAAGACCGGUGAAGAAAACCAGUUUUGCAUGGGCCCCUAUGUAUACCGAAUGUGCUGUGUCAUGUGGUGGGGGUCAAAUGAAUGUGAAACUUGUGUGUUUGCAAGAUCUCCAAAUUCAAGUUAAUUUCAGCAUGUGUGGCUUGUUGAGCAAACCUCUCCUGGAACCAAGAUUGUGCAAUACCCAACCAUGUCCAGCCUAUUGGUCAACUGGCCAGUGGAGUCCAUGUAGUGCUUCUUGCGGUGGCGGCCAACAAACCAGGACUAUUAAGUGUCUCCAAAAAAAGAUCAUGCAGGGUGAGGAAUUGGUUGGACACUCCAACUGCCCAGUGACUACUCCCAUCCAAGUCCAAAAGUGCAAUAUCCAGGACUGUCCAGCAGAAUGGAGCACUGGACCCUGGUCUCAGUGCUCCCGAUCUUGUGGAAAGGGAAUUAAGAAACGAGAAGUUUAUUGCAGAAGUGUCAACUUGGAGAAAUAUAAAAUACUUCCAGAAAACCUGUGCAUAGCCAACUCAAAGCCGGAGUCCACUGAGAGCUGUAUGUUAGCACGCUGCCAGAAAAAUGACAAAUUGCAGUGGGUGAUAUCUGCAUGGACUGAGUGUUCAGCAACAUGUGGUCCUGGUGUAAAAAAGCGUGAACUGAAGUGUGGAGAGCAAGACAGUCAUGGUAAACUUGUGACUGUUCCUCAGAGAAGAUGCCGUAGUCUCAGAAAAGUGAAUAUACCCCUGGAGCAGUCGUGCAAUAGCAAACCAUGCCCUGUGGAGUCGCCCUACUCUGCAUUUUAUGGAUGGCAUACAUCAUCAUGGCAACCGUGUACAGUUACAUGUGGUGGAGGCGUGCAGAUGCGAAAUGUCCAGUGUCUUCAUCAAGGUAGACCUGUGGUAGGAUGUCUGCCUCAUCAGAAGCCAUCAACUUCCCAAGCUUGCAACAUGAACUUCUGUCCUUCUUCAGGAACCAAAGAAGAUCCAUCGUGUGUGGACUACUUCAGCUGGUGCUCCCUUGUCCCUCAACAUGGAGUUUGCAACCACAAGUUUUAUGGGAAGCAAUGUUGUAAGUCUUGCACGAGAAAGAAACACUACAGUGACACUGGAUGACCUCCUGGUAUUGGCCAUGACUUGUCUUCACUGCAGAAAAUUUCCUCUGAAAUAGAAAUUCAUGCAACAAAAGUUAAUAAUCUCUGGAAUAUUGUUUGAUCUUAAGGCUGGAAAAUCACAGACAAAUUCCAGACAAUCAGAUUUUUCUCUGAUUAAAAGUUCCUAGGUGUAUUCAAGCUACAAGCAAAACACUGAAUUAGUACUGGAAGGAAACUCAAUCCUGAGGAACCAUGGCUGUGGUCUCUAGCAAAAGCACCACGAUGAAAUGUGUCCCUGAACUAGAUGCCAUGGCCUGCAGAAGAUGCAAGAACUAAGUUCCACCAGAGGUCAGGCACAACUGGUAGAAGAGAAAGUCCAUGUUUGUAAACCAUGUGUGGCAGAUAUUCUGGUGGACUGUAUCUGAAUCUACAGAUUGUUUUCUUCAUGAGCCAAUAUGUAAAAAAUGUUUGGACACAAAUCGACUCUUAUGAGAGGUCAUGUGGUGGUUGGACAUACAGUAUAUAAAACAUUUGGUAGAAAUGGAGAUCUGUAAUAAUGGACUUUGUAUUUCAAAUAUUUAUCGUACAUCUCAUCCUUUAACCUGAAUCUGGAGCCGUAAGAUGGUCCUGCUUUGGUGCUUGUAUGUAGGUGCUACUACUAUUUGGUUAGCGUUAGAGAUGGUGCUCUUUACCUUGCUGCUGGAGAAGCAGGGUGGUUAUCUUGUGAACUUAUGUUCUGAAUUUACCUUCAUAUCAAAUGUAAAAUCAGAUAAUGAAAUACAUAUGAACAUACCACAGAACACUUUAGAAUGAAUGCUUGCCCUCAACUCGGGGAAACGGAUGAGUUUUAGAACAUAUUGCCACAUGGCUACAUACACUACAUGAGUUGCAUUUCCUGACCACUGACUGUGUUAUAUCAAUACAAAUUUUUCCACAAAUCAAGACGUGAUCUCAUGGAAAAUGUCCUUUCUCAAGGAGGUUUUCAGUAUGGGUGUUUAUUAUAUUACGCAUCUAGUUCUUGUCAAGGCAAGAGUGAUCAUACCAUGGAGGUAGCCCUAAAGGAGCUUUGAGGGUUUGUGAAGAAUGAGAGCUUCAUCUUAUGCUCAUUCCACCUGCAGUUUUGGAAACUGCCUUUGACACAACUUCCAAUGCCCAUUAGAUUAAUGUCCAAAACUAUGGGACUAGGACUGCACAACCUCUCAUGUGUUUGGGAGCUUCCAAUGUCUACUCUAUGGCAGAUGUCAGUGAAGUGAAGAAUCAACCAGUUGGACUUCAACAUGCAUGAUCCUUAUGUUCUCAGGGGAGAUAGGUAUUUGCCAGAGAGGCUUACUCCUCUAUCCCUGUUCAGAACACAUACACAUUGGUCGAAGUGAGCAGUUAAUCCACAGUCAAGAUGUAUGGCCUGCCUAAGGAGGUGGUCAUAAGGUUAUGUAGUCCUUCACACCUACUGUAGUUGGGAAUUUGAUCUUGAAUAGGAGCCGUAACUGAUACUGAAUGUGAUAGGCAUACAGUAAAGUUAUUUCUCUGAUAGAGCCAUCUCUCAUCUGUGUGUUCCACAGCUUCAAGGCAGUUGAUGACUCAUAAAAUCUGUUUUUAAAAGAGUUGCAAAAAAUUUGAAUAAAUGGUCUACUUUUUCCCUGAAACAGUGUUACAUACCAAAUACAUCCAUGGACAACAGGGACACUAUUUCUGUAAUCUUAGACAACCUCAAUUAGAUAAGUAUUUACCAGGUAAAGAUUCUGGUUCGAGACCUUUUCCUGACCACUUUAGUCAAUCCCCUACAACUUUAAAAAACAAAAUCUGUCUCUUUAAAAUCUAAAUUCCUUUAAGGGAAAAAAAAAAAGUCAUAAAAAGCAUAAAACAGUUGAUUCAAUUGCCAAAACCAGAAGGGCUCAGACAUGGUUGUGUCCUACUAUAAUUUUAUGAGGAGUGGCAAUACAGAUUAUAUUUAUGGCAUUCCGCUAAACACCACAAGUUAUCGUUGAUGAAUGAAGUUUAGUUUAGCUGAAGCAGUAAAUGUAAUGUUUCAAUUCCAUGAUUACUUAACUUAGCAUUAAUUUUAGACAGAGGUCACUUUUAAUGAACAUCUUUGAAAAUGAAGAAUGCCAAAAACAUUUAAAAAAAUAUAUUUUCAGAAGGAGAUUUUAUUGAGCAAUUUGCCUUGUUAUGUAAAAUGAAAUAUGAUGCUAAACAUUACAAUUUAUUACAUAGAAAAAUACAUGACUGGAAUCAUAAUUAGGUUUUUCUCAAGUUUUUUUUAUAAUUUCCCUCCAUUUUUUGAAAUUUGGAAUAAUCAGCUCCCUCUACUUGUAUUACACUGGGCCAGAUCAAGAUUAGUGGAGCCUAGGGUUGCCACCUUUUCUUAUAGCCAAACCCAAACAGAAGGAAGGGAGGGGGCGUGUCUGAAGUCAGCGCCGCCCUGGGCUAGCAUAGCAUCACUCCCAGCUGAUCGCUGUCCAGGUCAUUCCAGUACGGGUGGCAACCCUAGGUAAAAAAAAAAAAAUGUGGGAGUAAUUUAAAGGGAGUAAUUUAAAGGGAGUCACCAGGAAAGUCACUGGUGAACCAGGUACAAUGUAUUGUAGGGCUAC